AUGAAAGCAACCCCAACGCGAACGAUACUCUUCAUCUGCGCCCUGCUGGUCUUGGUGGUUCCUUCUGCUGCAGCGAGUAGAGUCAAAGGUCUCAAAGGAGUAUCUCAAAGCGCUAGCUCGGUCCAAACCAGAGGAUUGAAAAAAGAGAAGGAAGAAAAGGCCAAGAAGACGAAGAAAGCGCAGGGUCCCUCCACACGUUCCUGUAGAUCCACAACCAAGCCCAAUGAAGUAACAUUUGAAUGCAGAUCCGACACUGGCGACAAGAAGAAAGCCAAGGGUUCUGAGGACCCUGAGCAGGAGACUCGUGGGAUUUUCCUCACACCAGAUGAAGAGAUCAAGGAUAAGAUCAAGUACCGAGUGAAGACAGACAAAGAAAGCAUUCGGGUGAAAAUUGAAUACGAGAAAGAAGUUGAAACGAUCGACACUUCCACCGAGACAGAAACCGAGUUUGAGUUGACCUUUGAUAGAGUUAUCGAGUAUGUCAAGAGCACCCGCGAACAGGUGUCAGGCGGAGCUGAGCUCAGUGAAGCCUAUGACUGGGAUGCCGAUGAAAUUGUUCAAACCAUUCCCUUGAGACGGUGGGAUGAUAUCCCAGGCAUCACAACAGCCUCUGAUGAUGUGUUUUUCUUCACCGCCUCCACAACCCUUCCUCCACAAACCGGAGCGAUGCAACCGGGCACCAUCCAAUUCAACUACACCAUCAGUCAAGCAGAUCUAGGGGAACAGAUCACUGCCAACUCGAUGAAAAUUGAUGUCCGCAUCCUGAACUUUCCUUGGACCCGUGAUGACUCGUACGUGGCCCUGAUGAGCACAGUCGAGUCCAAGAAAAGGGUUGAACUGGAAUAUGACAACGAUGCAACUGUAGGAAAAGGCAAGACCAAGGAGACCGAAGACGUCGUCAUUUCUUUCUCAGAUGAACUGUCCGACAUGGGAGUCUCUGCGUUCGGAGCCUAUACAUGGGCCCAUGAAGCCGAAGUGACAUCGGAUGCCACGGUCGCGAGCGCCCGUCAAGGUGGCCGCCGGGACACCGAAGAAGAACAAGAAGAAGUUGAUGGACCGGAAGUCGUGGAGGACUCGAGUGCAAAGCCUGGGGCUGACCCCGCUGGUGGCCCGGCUGGUGGUCCAGAGCCCGCUGGUGGCCCUGGUCCAGAGCCCCCUGCUGGACCCGCCGAUGGUCCAGAGCCCCCUGCUGGGCCUGCUGAUACUCCUCCUGGCAUUGCCGAUGCAGUUGCGAACGGCAAUGGACCGGCUGAAGUAGAUGUGACGACCGAGGGCUCCACCACCAUUGAAGUUAUUGCCACUUCACCAGAAGCUACAGGAACCGAAAAUAAACAAAGCAUUGCUUAUUCCUUCGUGGGGGACGCGGCACACUCCGCUAAGGAAAUCUUUUGGGAUCCACAAGCCGGUGUGAGCUAUGAGGAACCCGUCGCAGAGUCAGCAGCCGGUCGUCCCAUGUCUACCAUUGGCUUUGUGGGAAGCCUUGCUGUUGCACUUGUUUACUUGGCUUGGUAG